AUGUACACGUUCAUAGUAUUCCCAAUUGUUCUAACUUUAGCUUUAUUUCAAUUAAUUCAUUCACAUGGAUAUUUAAUAGAUCCACCAGCAAGAAGUUCGGCUUGGUUGACUGAUAAAGAUUUUAGAACAUGUUGUGGAAAAUGUAGUAUUUGUGGCGAACCAUCUGAUCUAAAACCAAAAUUAUUGGGUAUCGGUGAUGCAAUGUAUCUUGGAAAAAUUGUUCGAACAUACACGCAAGGCUCUAUAAUUAGUGUAACAGUAAUUAUGACUGCCAAUCAUCUUGGUCAUUUUGAAUUUCGUCUAUGUGAUAUUGACGGAUUAACAACAGAUGCUACACAGGAAUGUUUAGAUUCAACUCUACUGCAAAUAGCCGGCACGAAUUCAACUCAAUUUAAAGUUGAUAAAUAUCCCUCACAGGCUACAGUUUUGGUGAAUGUUACUUUACCGUCAUCCAUGACAUGUUCACAUUGUGUUUUCCAAUGGAAAUAUGUUACCGGUAAUAGCUGGGGAACAGAUUCACGGACUGGUAGAUCAUGUCUCGGGUGUGGAAGAGAAAAUGAAGAAUUUUUUGGGUGUUCAGAUGUUGCUAUUACGGGUUCAAGAAAGAAAAAGGGUUCGUCAAAACUGAAAAAAGUCUUUUUUCCAUAGAUCAUGCCUUCACCAGUUUUAAGCAAUGUACAUCGACCAUAACUUAUGUGACAUUUGCGUCAUUAAUGGAUCUUAGUACUAUAAUGGAAUAAUAUUGUCGUACUGUCUAUAUAAAUGUAUAUAUCUGUAUGUAAUGUACAUAUCCUUUUCACUGGUCAAACUAUGUAUAUAUAUAUAUAUAUAUGUAUAUAGUUGGAAAAAUUGUGUAAUUAACAUUUUAUUUUUAUAAAUAAAAAAUUAGAUGUCUAAUAAAAAUUGUUUACUAUCAUCUGUACGUCACUGAUAGGGACUGAUGCCGAAAAAGUACCGAUUAAAAUGAGAAAAGUGGACAUUAGGGUCGGUAAUCGUUUUGUUUCGUCAACCUCGAUAUGAAUAUAUCAUGCAUAUAGCAUAACAAUAUGGUACUGAUAUCUAUUAGUGAUACUCUGAUUAGUAUAAAUUUAAGUAAGAGGAACUACAAUAAAAAACUAAGCACUAAAUAAGUUUCAAUGUUAGCACUGAUUUGAGUUUGCACUGUACUUUUUGGCAGAAAUAUAAUGGCAUUGGUU